CAGUGUGCUCACUCACCUGCUACCGCUACCUGCCAACUGCCCCUCAGACUCUACCGCCUGUCGCCUGUAACCUGCAACCUUGAUCGCAGCUAAAGGGAACUUGAUACUCGCGCUAUUCAUCUCCAUCUCCAUUUCCAUUUCCAACUCCACGCACCUCGAUUUUCAGCUUCAGCUACGGAUGACUCCAACGCUGUAAUUGCUCCUUGACAUUUAUCUUCGAUACAACACCAUCCUACGACUCUGUUCGCCAUUGCAAGUGCAAUCCUCUGAUCGUCAUCCUCCCCUUGUGCCACCAUUUUGCCUCGUCUGCCCCUCGGCCAACGCCUCUCCAUCGGUGACAACAUUACUUCCCCAUUCAACCCAUUUUGUUACCCUCCCCCCUCGACCACACUCCUGCACGCGACCAAUUCUCUCAUCCUCUAGCCUAUCCCAUAUUCGAAUUCGCUCUCGACCCUCGACCCUGUGGAAUCUGAAGAACAGCGUCUUGCUAUUCCAACUCUGCGCUUUGAGCGCCGCCACCCGUCAAGAUGACCGACUCCUUGCACAAGGCCGUACUUGAGAAGAAGCCUGUGCCAGAGAUUGACUUCACCUUACAUAUCAUGGAAGAUGGAACUCAAGUGAGCACUCAAGAGCGAGUUUGCAAAGAUGUCCAAGCCCCCGCCAUGCAGCCUCCAACAGACCAACAAUUCUUCUCCCCUUCGGAUCGGUCGAAACCAAAUCUCCCUUUUCUCAAGCAACAUUUCAGCCGCGAGGGUCGUCUGACCGAAGAUCAGGCUUUGUUCAUCAUUAAUGAGGGGGCUAAGAUACUCAAGUCAGAGCCUAAUCUGUUGGAAAUGGACGCUCCCAUCACCGUCUGUGGCGAUGUCCAUGGUCAGUACUUUGAUCUGAUGAAGCUUUUUGAAGUGGGAGGCGACCCUUCUGAGACCCGCUAUCUUUUCCUCGGCGAUUACGUUGACCGUGGUUAUUUCAGCAUCGAGUGUGUCCUAUACCUAUGGUCUCUCAAGAUCUGGUAUCCUAACUCGCUGUGGCUGCUCCGUGGUAACCACGAAUGUCGACAUUUGACCGACUACUUCACGUUCAAGCUCGAAUGCAAGCACAAGUAUUCGGACAAGGUAUACGAUGCCUGUAUGGAGGCCUUUUGCGCGUUGCCACUGGCAGCCGUCAUGAACAAGCAAUUUCUCUGCAUUCACGGUGGUCUCAGCCCUGAGUUACACACCUUGGACGACAUCAAAACCAUUGACCGGUUCCGAGAACCUCCAACUCACGGCCUGAUGUGCGAUAUUCUUUGGGCCGAUCCUCUGGAAGAAUUUGGACAAGAAAAAACCGGCGAAUACUUUGUUCACAAUCACGUCCGAGGUUGCUCGUACUUCUUUUCCUAUCCAGCUGCAUGUAACUUCCUCGAGAAGAACAACCUUCUAUCCAUCAUCCGCGCCCACGAAGCCCAAGAUGCCGGCUAUCGCAUGUACCGUAAGACACGAACCACCGGCUUUCCCAGCGUCAUGACCAUCUUCAGCGCCCCCAAUUAUCUCGAUGUCUACAACAACAAGGCUGCCGUUUUGAAGUAUGAGAACAAUGUCAUGAACAUUCGACAGUUCAACUGCACACCGCACCCCUAUUGGCUCCCCAAUUUCAUGGACGUCUUCACUUGGUCGUUGCCCUUUGUCGGAGAGAAGAUCACCGACAUGCUCAUUGCCAUUCUCAACACCUGUUCCAAGGAAGAACUGGAAGAGGACACCCGCAGUUCCAGUGUCGGACCCGAAACGCCUCCUUUUGGAGACGCCGAAACCGCCGAAGCCAAGCGCCGAGCCAUCAAGAACAAGAUUCUGGCCAUCGGACGUUUGUCCCGUGUCUUCCAAGUCUUGCGCGAGGAAUCUGAGCGCGUCACCGAGCUCAAAACAGCAUCCGGUGGCCGUCUUCCCGCUGGCACAUUGAUGCUGGGAGCCGAAGGCAUCAAGCAGGCCAUCCACAAUUUCGAAGAUGCACGCAUGGUCGAUCUACAGAAUGAGCGACUCCCCCCAUCGCCUCAGGAAAUCGAAAAGCGAAGCGUCGAAGACCGACGUGCAGCCCUCGAGCGAGCUGCGGCCGAGGCCGAGAAUGACACGACGCUACAAGGUGUCGCACGACGAAUCAGCUUUGGCGCCUCGAAACCUAAGGGUCACCGUCGAAACGAAUGAGGAGGCUGUCAGUUACGUCUGUCUCCCCAAUACGAGUCGCUGAUCGCUGUCGACGGCACUUGACCUUGAUAAUCUUCCUCGGCCCCACUGAUCGAUACCAUGGGCUCAUCUGCCAUAUCACUCGGGCUUAUAUUGUACGACUGAUGGAUGAGAGAGCCGCAAGGCGCAGGCAGCAGGCCUGGACAUGGAGGAAAUCUACCGCCACGGAAUUGUGGACUGUAGAUUUCAGUGCGGUAACGUGGCUAUGGCCAUCACGUAGCCUGUCAAGCCCACCCGAUGACAGGAGGAGAAACAAUGCAGCCAUUUUUUUGACUUUCUACUUUUGUGACCAUCUCAGUUGCCUCUCCAGCCAGUGCCGUGUCUAGAUCGUGGGUAUUGUGUAGAGUCGUGGUAAGGCAUGGCGGGCGUGGUAAGAUAUUGUCACAAUCUGAUUGGCGGGACGAUGAAACAGUUGCACCUUCCACCGAAUGCAACUUCUGAUCGAGGAAAUGUGAGGCAAAGGAAGGAAAGAACGACGGGCUGUCUGUGACCCUGUGGCACAUUCCCAAAUGAAAAACUUCCUCUCGACCAUCAUUCAUAAUUUAUCAACUUCGUCUCUCAAUCAACUACACUGUGGCUUGCUCGAGCUUGUGGGCAAACAAUAUCCCACAUG